CCGCAGGUCGUUACAGUUGAGAACCGAAAAUUUUAACUCGUUAAUCCUCUCCAAUCUCGGUCUACCUUCGAAGGCAAAGAUUUAAUACGGACGUCGACGCUGAAUCGAACGCCUGAAGAAAAAAAAUAGGAAAAGCAAAGAUGAAACUCUUAGCGCUUACGGUUUUUCUCGUCCUCGCAUCAGCGGCGCAGAGCGAAUGGCCUGGAGAAAGAUCGACCCGAGCAUCGAUAAAUGAUAAACUCGUUGCACUGGUGGAAAAAUUAAGGGAGACUUUGAAAACAGGAGACGCGGAAAAAGGAAUUCCCUGUUUGAAUCCCCUUGUAGUCGAUGGACUGCAGCUCUCGCUCGACAAAGAUUUUGCAUCAUUCGACGUCAACGUAACGGACCUUGUCAUCAAUAGUCUUACCGAUUUCGAAAUAAACCAAUUGACGUUCUCCAUUAUCGGCGUUAAAUUCACAUUCUCAUUCGCAUGGCCGGACCUCACCCUUGGCGGCCGCUACGCGGGAAAUGGUCGGAUCGCUAACUUUAUACCGCUAUACGGUGACGGAGAUUUCUUCGCGGCGGUGAAAAAUAUCGCAUUCUCAGGAACCGUCCGACUAUCUUCCAAGAAUCAAUAUCUUUACGUGAAGUCAGUUGACACCUCUGUCGCUGUGGGUGGCCUCAAGGUUGACGUCACCGGAAUUUUGAAUUCUGAUGAUGUUUCGUCACUGAUUUCGGCAGUAAUUAGCGACGCUAUUCCCGAUUUGAUGGUCGAUUAUCAGAGCUUGAUCACGGGUAAACUCAAUGACCUGAUCAAAACAACAGCUGACAAGUAUUUGGGAACAAUGACAUUGGCUGAACUCCUCGCUAUGCUAAACUGAUUGACAUCUGGAGGUAUUAACAUUUGAAAACAAACAUGCAUUUCGUUUCAACGCCAAUUUAAUCGAAGUUUAGCGAAUUGUUAUAACGAUACUAAUGAAAACAAUAAAAAAAAUUAGAGCAUUUUUCACUCUA